AUGGAUGAUUUCCUAGAUUCAACAUAUAAAGAAAAGGCUAACCUCAAUCCAGAAAGAUUUUAUACAAGAAUUGUAUUUAGAAUCUGUCUCAGAGGAUCAAUCGGUGUUAUUAGUAGAAGUAAAGAGCCGGAUACACCGACUCAUCUGAAAAUGAUAAGCAUGUAG